AUGAGGUAUAAAAGCUGGGACGUCCUGCUUUUCCCAGCAGGGAGCAAGGCCCCUUUACAAGAGUUUCGAACUGCAUGUCAUGCGAUCAGAGAUCCCGAAGUAGUCCCUACGUUCAGCGGAGUCAGAAAUAUUCCGUUUCCCCUCGCCGACAUUAUUCCACAUCAGCUUCCUGUGCUUACAACUUUUACUCCGAGUCUGAUUGUUGGCACGCCUUUUCAGAUAUCUAUUCAUUGCUGGGAGACGCCUCAUCCGUCAUCUCGAGCGGAGGCAUUGAAAGAGAAAGGAAGGGAGGUUCGCUUUCACGCCCGCGUUUUUAUUGAUGGGCACUUCACAUCAUACCUCACAUUUCCUCAGCAGGGUCCAUGGCCACAAAUCAUUAAUACUACGUGUGCAUCUGCUGAGGUUGACAAAAAGGGCGCACGUCAGCCUUUAAUAUUCCCGCAAUAUCGCUCGGAAUACUUGACCAACCUUGUCUGGUCUGCCGAGCAAUCACUCGGGCGGAUCAUAGUGUUGAUUAGUGAUGGUGCCAUGCACGCGCAGCGCAAUCCGCCUUUUGAGCAGGCGAUAAACAUCGUUCAAUUUUCGUUUCAACAUGUUCCUCUUGACAUCCUCGAGUCAACAAGUAUUGCGUGGCCGAAUCCAAAAAUGUGGCUGCAGCUUCCGAUGGCAAAGAGCAGCCAACAGCCUAAGUUUUCGCUCCGCCAACCACUAGCUCCGCUUCCUCUUCCUGUUGCUGAACCUCAUACUCAUUCUCCUCGUGGUCGGGACAGCAGUAGGGAAACUUUGCAAAGAAACGGAGAGAGCAACCCAAACUGGCAAUUUGUUUAUCCUAUGAUGCCUCCGGCUUCAGAUUCAGUUGCAGCUUUCCGCGGAAAUACAGGCAGCGAAAUUCAUGCUCGACAAUCUCAAUAUACUGGACAUGCAAGGCACCCCAACUUGGCCGAAUGCCCACCAUGGUAUAUGGCUUCACAAGCAAAUAUUGAUAGUCAGGGAGUUUAUGAGCGCAUGCGAGGACUCAGCCAAUCUAUUCAUGCACAUAUGUAUGCUCAGGCUGAGGCUACAGCUGCUGAUGAUUCUAGAGCGGCAUAUCCAUGGACACGCACACAACUCCAACCGGAAGACAUUGCCAUGCCGGAUUACCCAUCGUCAUCUAUUACGCCUAUGAGCAGUCGCAAUCAAUCAGGAGACGUCAUUAUGCGAAGCAAAUCACCAAGUGUGAUUGCAAAUACAUGUGACGAGGAGUAUGGUCAAUUGAUUGAUCUGUUGAGCAAUCAGAGACGUGGUGGACGGCCGGUCAGUCAGCCAGCACCACAGGGCCAAAUGGGCCGGUCAGAAAGUGUGUCCGCGCGAACUGAAUUAUCUCUGCAAAAUCCGGAAAAGGGGGCGAAUCGAGACUGUCAAGAAAGGCAGGGCCUAGAAAAUCAACGUCCUCGUCGUUCCAGCUCUCAGCAGCGCAGAAAUACAAUGCCUGCUUCGUACUUUAUCGCUCGUCCUACACGGCCCUCUGCGGCGGCUGAAGCGCGACUCGCAUCAUAUCAUAGAUAUCACCAGGCGCAAUCAGAUCAAUCGAUUCGCCAAAUCCGUCCGUCUGAAACACAUAUGCAGGCACGGAAAGUGUCCAUGAUUGAAGCAACUCCGUUGGCUGGCGUGGUUCGUCAAGAUAUCCAGCAAGACCAAGACGUCGCGGCGAAGAAGCCUGCGAGAGAUGGGUCCGAUGUAACGAUGCGCUCGCAGUUUUCUGAAUUUUCUACACGCGAUGAUGAGGGGACGACCAAUAUUGUUGGUGCAACUGCAAAAAUUGAUUCUAAAGCGAACGAUCCCGAUGAUAAUACUCGUGUGGCGCCGGUGGUCAAUAUGUCUGGCGAUCCGCACCUCGUGCCCAUUGCUCUUGUACGAGCGAAUAAACCUUCACCGGAUAUCAAGAGUAAAAAAGAAGGGAAACGGGCCAGAGGCAGGCCGAGAAAGAGCGAAGGUGUAACCGUUUCUAAUACUGCCGCGACUGCUUCCAGUGAAUCUGUUCAGGAUCCAGUCGUUGCGGAGAACAGGGAGACUUCAACUUCGUCGGAGAGUAUCAUUUGCAUGGGAUUGAGUCGGGCCAGGCUCCACUCGGGGAAUGUGGCUGAAAAAGUCCAGCAGCAGCGACGACAAGACACUGUUGCCAUGCCGCGCGUUCCAACAUUCAAGACCACUUAUACCGCUGCCAAGCGCAAGCGCUCUCAAGAUUCAGGGAUCAUGGGCACUGUCCACGAUACACCCGGCUCAGGUCCACGUCCAGAUUCGAAUACACAUUGGCAAUCGUCUGACGCGCGCACUCAUCGACGUCUGGGUGGUGAUAAUAAUGAUGAUGAUUACGACUUUGGUGGUGGCAGUAGCGCCGGCGGCGGAGUCAGUCUAAGUCAAAGAAGUGCGCGUGGUCUGUUGGAGCCUCUGCUAUCAACUGCUGGUUUGGCGAGAUCUGGCACCGGGCAUACUGGGAAUGUUGGGUAUGACAAUCACAGUGAGAAUGGCAGGGGGGUCGAUCGUACUGGAGAUGGUCGAAACGUCUCACUGGACGAGAUUGGUGCUGGGACUAAGCCUCCGAGUUUGACAAAUUUGGAAAGUGGCAAUGGUCUCAAGAGUCCGAUAAUUCUCAGGAGUCCCAAGAGUGCAAAGGGUUCACCAAGUCCCAGGAGUCACAAGAAGAGAAUGAUUACAAGUCUUGGCGGGAACGGUUUCAAGGGCGCAGAUGUCGGCGAAGAAUCUACGAAUCUCAACGACUCGGCCGCAGCCAGAAAGAAGAGCGUCAGUGUCACUAGGGCGGUUUCGGAGAAUAUUGAUACCUCGAGACGCCAUUGCGAUGCUACUGCUGGUGCACAGGCCAGAAAAGAGGCCAAUGGUUCGCCGAAAUCCCCAAAGAGAGACUCCCCUGCACGUGCGCAGCAACAGCAGAGGGACAGAGUGCUGAGUUGUCGAGCUGAGAAUGCGCAGUGA